AUGGUGGCAUCGUUGCUGAAACACGGAGAGAAGGGCAACUCUCACAGUGGACCUUCUGCAGCGGCAUUUUCGACUCAUACCUCGGAAAGUGCAUUUGCAGAACGGCCUAUCGUGGUCUUCCACACAGAUUGGAUUCUUGCCACAGCCACAGCCGGGUUUGCGCUACCGCUGGCGAAAUAUGUACUUGACGAGAAAUUCAAAUUAUCGGCCGAACAGAGUGAUCCGUUCCGAGAGUCCCUGGGGUCGCACUGUUACGGCAAGUCCCGUGAUGGUUCGGAGAUAAACGCUGAGAUCGGCUGCCCUGCAAGAAUCAAGGACCCUGUUGUAAUCGACUCCUCCCUGUCCAUGCGGCUCGCAAUCACCACGGAUGGAAAUUGUUGCAAAAAGCGCCCACAUGAAUUGUCACCUGAGGCGUGCGAAGAGCUGCAAAACCGAUUGGUCAAGAAGGCCAAGGUCCAAUCUGUUCCUGCAAAUAGACCUACCACUCGAGCCCGCUUCCGCUUUCCUGGAACUAUAACGCCUGCGCGAACUUCUGCACCACUCAGCCCACGAGAGAAUCGUACUAAUAUUUCCUCGGCAGCUUCUCCUCCAUUCUCUAAGGCGCUCAACAGUUGCAAGACGCUCAAUUUCGCUGGCAAACAAUCUGAUAACCAUGAAUUUGGUACUCCAGGAUCGAUAAUCUCGACUGCUUGUAAAAUGGAUCAUGAUCGUCCAGAGGUGUGCGAAAAACUAGACUGCAAUGGUCAAGGCCGAAAUUGCACUAUGGGGCGCGACGUGGAGAGUUUGAGUUCGAGCCCCGACGGAUCGUCAUCGCAAUUAUCUUCUGGUCUACCCUUCGGCCCCGAAACUGUCCCUGAUCAAGAGGCAUCUGCAGUGCAGAAUAUUUGGUUAACCCUCAUCCAGGACUCCACCUAUGCGAAGAUAUCGGACACCAACGAGCCCAACGCCAUACCAACCAUCCGAGUAUCGGACGCGCUAAACGUUUUGAAGAGAUUAAACGCAGAUCUUCCAAGCGAUGAUUACGACGAUGUCACGUUCUUCGCCAACGGACGCGAAUAUAGCGGAAGAAAGUUUGCGGUUGACAAAGAUGAUAGGAGGAAGACGAUGUAA